AUGUUAGACGAACAGGCUAUUAUAGCCUGCACUGGGCAGACUAUGGUUGCUGAUGCUAAACUAAUUAAAGAGGCAGAAUUAAAAUUAUUUGAGUUUCAAAAAGAAGCUGGGUUCACUUUCUUAUUAUUAAAGAUUGUCUCUAACGUUGAAAUUCCUUUAAACAUUAGAAUGUCAUGCGCGAUUUAUUUUAAAAACAAGGUAUUUAGAUCUUGGGUCAAUUACAACAUUACAAGUCAAACAGUUAGUGCUGAUGAUAUUAACCCAGAAGAACAACAAAUGAUAAAGGAUAAUAUAAUUCAAAUCAUCGUUAGUAAUGUUAACGAUAAUCAUAUUACACCUCAUUUAACUGAAGCAUUGUAUAAUAUUCUAAUUAGAUGUAAGGACUGGGAUCUAACAGGUCCUAUCUCUGAACUAUUGACUAGCGGGAAGCAUGAUUACACUUAUGCUGGUUUAUUGGUCGUUUUUGAAAUUUGUAAAGUCCAUAGAUAUGACCUUUGCGAUAAAAGGGAGUUUUUUGAUAAAUUUAUUUCUACUAUAUUUCCAACCAUUGAAGGUUUACUUUCUCAAUUGGUUAACCAAACAGAUUUUAAAUCCAGCGAAUUGUUAUAUCUGAUCUUGAAGAGUUUCAAGUACGCUUGUUUGAAUAAUUUCCCAGCCUAUUUCAAUGAUGUUUCUAAAUUGGAUUCAUGGAUUCAAUUACAUUUGUUUAUUUGUGCUAAACCUGCACCAAAGGAAGUUUUGGAGAUAGAUAUAUCCGAUAGAUCCUUAGACAAGAGAGUCAAAGUCAACAAAUGGGGGUUUGGUAACUUAAACAGAUUCAUUCACAGAUAUUCAAAGGUCACUAAGCAUGUUAAUGAACAAUUUGUGGCAAACGUUUUCUCAAAUGUGAUCCCAAGAAUAUUGCAAGAGUAUUUCAGUAUUAUGAAUACUUGGAAUCAAAAAUCUUUAUGGUUAAGUGAUGCUUCGUUAUAUCACUUGAUUAGAUUUCUUGAUAAAUGUCUAGUCACAGAUGGCUUAUAUCCAUUGAUUGAACCUCAUCUAGAAGGUAUCUUCAAAACUUUGAUUUUUACAUGUCUAUGUGCAAAUGAAGAAGUGGCAGAGUUAUUUGAAAUCGAUCCAGAGGAUUACACUAGACGUUAUUUUGAUUUCAAUAAAGAAGGGUCUACAUCAGAUGUUGCCUCUGUUGAUUUUAUCGCACGUACAGGUACGGGACGCCCAGAACAAUUAUCUGUAGUUAUUCCAUUUGUUAAUGAUAUUUUUAAUCAAUUUGUUCAGACACCAGAUAAUGUUGAAGUAGCUUAUAAACAAGAAGGUGCCAUGAGGUCUAUUUCUUCAUUGUUUAUGUUCUUUGAAGGUAACACCACUGAAUUGGAAGGUAUUUUUACUCAUUAUAUCAUCAAUAUUCUCUCCCAAACAAAAUAUCCAUAUUUAAUAGCUAGAGGGCUCUCUACAGUAGCAGAUUAUCAAUCAGAAUUUCAAAAUAUGGAAACAUUAUCUAAGAUUUAUGAAUUGGCUUAUAAACAUUUAAUGGAGACUGACAGUUUACCUAUUCAGAUCGAAGCAGCCGAUGCUUUAAGGACAUUAAUUAUCUCCAAUCCAAGCAUUCGUGGUCACAUUUCUGGUCAAGUUCCUGGCAUUGUGGAAAGAUUAUUGAAAUUGUCUAAGGAAUUUGAAAUUGAUAUUCUAUCUGAAGUAAUGGAAUCAUUUGUUGAAAAUUUUGCAGAUGAAUUGACACCAUUCGCCAAGGAUCUUGGUAGAAGUCUUACAGAACAGUAUUUAAGAUUAGGUCAAACUAUGAUCGAAACCGGUUCCGAUAACUAUUUUGAUCAAGAUCAAGAGUUGCAAGCUAGUUCAUUAUUACAAACCAUGACUACGAUGGCAAUGUCCAUGAAUAAAGUUUCCUUGGAAGAAGAGUUUAUUCCAGUAUGUAAAUUUAUCAUUCAAAAUGCACAAAUCAUUCUUUUAACUGAAGUGGUUGAUUUAAUGGAUGCAUUGACGUUAUCAUCAAGAAAUUUGAACGGUGGGAUGAUUUCUGAAAACAUCUGGUCAUUAUUUGGGGAAGUAUUAGAAUCCUUUGAAAUAUAUUCAAUGGAUUAUUUUGAAGCGUUUAAUAUUUUCUUUGAGACUAUUGUAUUACAUGGAUUCCCAACUAAUCAAACAUAUAUCGAACCAUUUUUCCAGAUUUUAAGUGCGAAAUUAACUAGUGGGAUUGAUUAUGAUAUUGAAAAUGUUUUCAAUUUAUUAACUAUGUACAGUUUAUCCAUGCAUGAUAUCCCAUUAUUUGGUGAAUGCCUCAAAGUUGCUAAUGAUAAAGAUUUAGGUAUCGAUCCAAAGCAAACAAUGAAAUUAUUUUGGGCCAAUCUAAUGACAAAACCAAUGGAAACGUUACAAAUUUGUGAAUUAGAAGGUCAAACAUUAAAUAUGAUAACUAUGUGGUUUGAUUUAAAGAUUGCAUCAGUAUUUGGUAUUAAAUUGCAAAUCAUGGCAAUUUUAGCAAUCUUUAAGAUGGAACAAUUACCAAGUAGUAUUGAAGGAUUUUUUGUUGCCCUAAGUAAUAAAUUAGUUGAAUUGUUAGAAAGUUUACCAAGAGCUAUUCAAAACCGUGAUUCGGCUAAUAAUGAUGAAAAUGUUGCUAACUUGCUUGUUGGCAAUGACGAUGGUAAUAAUAAUGUAGAAGAUGAAGAUGAUUAUUUUGAUGAUAUUGAUGAUGAUUUCAAAGAGACCGAAUUAGAUCAAGUGAAUGCAUUUGAGACCGUUCAUCAAGUAUUUCAAGCCUUACAAACUCAAUCUGCCAAUAAAUAUCAACAUAUUGUUGAAUCAUUAGAUCCAAAGAAGAAACAAUCUUUACAAGUAAUCUUUGAAUUUGUUGCACAACCCAAAUAA